CUGCCGCAUUUUGGUCUCCGUCUCUGCUGGAAAAAGACUUGAAGCGCUCCUGAUGGAUCUGUUCGCCUUUAAGACGCUUCUCUUUCUGCUCUCUUUAAUCGGGUCCUGUGUGGGAGAGACUCUCCUGCCGAAGGGUCCGCUGGAAGCAAUUUUGGGGAAAAGUGUGACCAUAAAGACCCUGGUAGAGCAUCCAGAAUUCGAUUUUAUAACCUGGAAUUUCAGCGACGGCACCCAGCAGAUUAACGUGGUCACACUGAGUAAGGCUGGCCUGAAGGUGGCCGACGCUUACAAAGGAAGAGCGACGGCGAACACGACCAAUGGACACCUGACCAUCACCGACCUGAAGGCUACGGACAGCGGGGAUUUCAGCAUCAACAUCAUAUCUCUGGCUGGAACUAAAACCGCAGAAAUCAAACUCAAAGUUCUGGAGCCGGUGUCUGGCGUGGCCAUCAAGUCCAACCUGCCCGAGGCCAUCGAGCACAACAGCACCGUGGUCCUGACCUGCUCCGCUAAAGGCUCCUUCCUCAAGUUCACCUGGCUCAAGGGCGCCACGCCCAUAGUGGCCGACGGGAAGCGGGUCACACUGAAGACUGAGGAACUGUCCAGUACUCUGACCUUCACAGGAGUCCUCAGGACGGACCUGGUUGGUCCCAUCUACUGCACAGCUGCUAACAACCUGGAGACGGAGAAGAGCGGCCCCUUCAACCUCACUGUCCACUACGGACCAGAAGGAGUCACCAUCAGUCCAGCCAGCCCUCCCAAGGUCAUCCGUUCCGAUUCCAACUUCAGCCUGUCGUGUUCAGCCGUCUCCAGCCCGUCCGCCUCCUUCACCUGGUACCACAACCAGGAGCAGAUGGAGUUUGGGGGUCCGAGCCUGCAUCUGAAAACCAUCUUAGUUCACAAAUUUGGGAGUCAAGUAGGGGAUUACACAUGUAUGGCCAAAAACGAAAAGACCCUCCGCACGGUCCCUUCUGCUGCCGUCUCCUUCGCUGUGAUGGACGCCAUCUCAGGCGCUAAAGUCAGCGGUCCGUCUGCCACCCUCAUCGCCGGCAACAGCACGGCCAACAUCAGCUGCAUGGCGAUGGGCGGCACCGUGGAUACCAUAACCUGGAUGAAGGACGGCAAACCUCUGUCUGCCAGCAGCCGCCUGGUGUUCUCUGCCAACAUGACCUCCGUGAUGAUCAACCUGCUGCAGAAAGAGGACAACGGAGAGUUCACGUGCCAGCUGACCAACCCCGUCAACAGCGUCAAGGCCUCCUACAAGAUGGUGGUCAACUACGGUCCUGAACAAGUGAUGGUUGCGGGUGAAAAAGCCGUAGAAGUGAACGACAAAGUGGAUCUCAAGUGCUCCGCCGCCUCCGUCCCCCCCGCCAACUACACCUGGAAGUUUAACGGCACAAUGACCGACGUCAAAACGGCCCAGUAUCUGAUCGAGAAGGCUGUCUACAAAAACACCGGAACGUACACGUGCGAGGCGCACAACGCCGUCACUGGCAAGACCUCCAUGUACAGCCACACCAUGUCCGUCAAAGAGGAGGGAGCUUUGGAUGACGGUCUCUCAGACGGAGCCAUCGCUGGAAUCGUCAUCGCCGUCCUCAUCGCUCUCGGUGCCGCCAUCGCCCUUAUCGUGUACUGCAGACAGAAAGUACCGGUCGAGUCUCCGUACUAAAGAAGCUCCUUCACACAGCUGGAGACCCCGGCCCCAAACAUCCGACUAUUUCCUUUUCCCAUGAUCCAUCUGUGCAGCCGGGAGGAGCCGACCAGUUGGAUGUGAAGCCACCUCGCCAAACCAGAUUCCUUAUCAUCCUUCUGGAUUCUAUGGCUGUUUGGAUUAUCAGCUGGAAUCUUCAGUUUGUUCAGUCUUUUUUUUGUUUUUGGAGCUUUUUUUCACCCUCACCUUCACCAUCAACUCGUCCACCAUCACAGGAUCAUCACCCUCCUCCUCUUCUUCUUCUUCUCCUCUUCCUCCUGGUGUUUCACAAACGUCGUCUCUCACCUUACAUCCAGCUCGCCGCUUCCUUUAGGAAACUAAAAACACAGAGAAACUCUGUGCGACAGAAACGUUUCCUGGACUAAAGCUGAUGGACUGACGGUUACGAUGAGAGACUCUCUUUAUCCUCCAGGAAACCUGAGGAGGAAACACACACACACACACACACACACACACACACACACACACACACACACACACACACACACACACACACACACACACACACACACACACACACACACACGGAGGCCACACACGAAGACAUUCAGGAUUCUGGGUUUUAAUCUGAAAAAAAGUUGUUGUGGUUUGAUUUAUCUCCCCCUCUGUGCCAGGCGGGUGGAGUUUCCCCGAUGGGGGACUCUUCCAAGUGCAGAGAAGGAUUUCAAAGUAAAGUUUCCGAUGCUUCUCCGCUUUUUUGGAGGGCAGUUUGAUCCUAAAUACCUCAGUUCCUCUGGUGCUCACCUGUUGUUUUUACACGUUGCCAGAUUAUUAUUUUUACUGAGAUUACUACAAAACUUUAUUAGUAUUUCAUUCCCUCUCUGUCUGGCUGCUUUCCUUCACUUUUCCUUCACACUAACAUUCAACACUACUGAGCUUUUUAAUUAUUAAUAUUUGUGUCUUCAUGUUCCUGAAGGAGCUUUAAAAGUGUUCUUCGAAUUUAAAGGUUACUAAUCAAUUUGUUAUGUGUUUAUGUUAACAAAAGUACACUUUUUUUAACUUUCAAAUAUUAGUAUUGGCUUCAAAAAUCCAUUGUGGAAAUAAAUAAUGUAGAAAAGAAACACACGCUCCUAAAGCUGUGAUUCUGGAUUUCUUUAUGGUCCAGGAUCCUCUUUAGUGUUUGUUGAAGUCGUCCCCUGUGGAAAAUACACCAGAGUAGAAAGAGGAGGAGGUAAAUGUUUAAGAUGGCGCAGACAAGAUCCAACAUGCAGGGACGAGUCGGGUGGUGAAGGUGGAGAAGAAAGAGAACCAAAGAGAAAAAGAAAAAUGGCGGGAAGGUGUUUGUUGGCGGUGACAUACUCUAGUUUUGGAGGGAAAGUUUGGAGAGCUUCAGGGCGGUGCUGCUGAUUUAAAAAAACAACAACACACAAUUAAAGUUUAUUUAAACUAAAUUAUAGUUUUCACAGGUAAAUAACACACCUGACUUUCAUCUAGAAAAACAACAAACCCCUAUUUUGUAUUAUUUUAAGCUCAGCUUUUCGCCGGAUCACAAACCUUUUCUUGAGUAUUUUGUCAUCAAACCUCCUGAUCUUUGAGCUGAAUGAUGAUUUUGUUUGUUUGUGUGGUUAGUGCUUGUGUGUGAUCUGAGACUUAACAUGCACUGAUCUCCAGUGAGAUAAGUAUUUAUUUUGUUAAAAAAAAAAAAAAAAAAAAGGAACCUUGAUAACUGGAGCUGAAGAUCAUAGCCGGCAUGCAGAUCACGCAUUCAUAAAUCUCACUGGCUUUUUGUUCGAUUUUUGAGUUUUCACCGUGAACUCCUCGGGUGAAGAUGCUCAAACCGAAUUUGAAAAGUCUUAAAAACAACGUGUCGUUUUCAACAUAUUUAUUCCUCCAGUUUGGGAAAACACACAGCACAGAAUGUAUUAAUAACAACACAUCAGUUUUCCCAAACAAGACGCGUUAAUAUGUCUUAAAACGACACAAGCGGCCUUAAAGAAAACUGCUCUCACUGUACAUAAUAGAGAUAGAUACACUGUAAACAAUUUGUUUGUGACAUUUUUUUUAAAUGUAUAUGUGGGUUGUUUUUUUGUUUCUUGUUAUGAUUUAUUUGUUAAAAAAAGACUUUUUCUUUCUCGUUUUGCUAAUGUUUACAGAGACUGUCUCGCCUCUACAAAAAAGAUUUCUUAAAGAUUUUAACACAAAUGACCCCCAGGUGAAAUUCCUGUCCAAUUUGACAUCCUUGUAAAGCCAUAAAAGUUGUGGAAAUAUUUUCCUAAUUUCGA